AUGGUAAAGGGGCGAACGAUGCUCAACCUCGACACGGUGGAGUGGGGAUCUCUGUUUGUGGGGUGCGCGGGGGGCGGGGAUUCGCUGAUCACGCUGCCCGUGGAACAAGAGGCCGUCGAUCCCGAAUCGUACGAAUCGUUCAGUGUAGCCGUGGAGGGACUGAUGGGCGGGCAUUCGGGCAUCAACAUUCAGGAGGACCGAGGGAACGGAGUGAAGCUCUUGAUCCGAGUCCUGGAGGCUCUCUUGGAGGGGGUCCCGUCGCUGCGCCUGGUGGACCUGAGGGGGGGGGACAAGCACAACGCGAUCCCGAGGGAGGCGUUCGCGACCAUCCUGCUCCCGAAAGGAGACUCCGGUGCUCUUAAGGCUGCCGAAGAAAUCGCCGGGGCCAUUCUGGGCGACCUGAAGAUGGAGUUCGGCACGAAGGAGCCCUCCAUGGCCGUGCGGAUCCGAAAGGACGCUGACGCGGCGGCGGGAACAUGCCUCGGAGCCGGCGCGGCGCGGCGGCUCUUGUCGCUGUUGGAGCUGCUGCCUCACGGGGUGGUGAAGAUCUCGCACGAUGUUGAAGGGCUGGUGGAGACCUCGAGCAACCUGGCUUCCGUAACGCCUAUCGAAGGAGCUCAAGGUGGCGAUGCUGGAGGAAACGGCACGUACGAGAUCCUGUGCUCCACGAGGUCGUCGCUGAGCCCUCCCCUGGAGGCGGUCCGCCGUCGGAUAAAGACGGCGGCGGAGCUCUGCGGCGCCAGCAACGUGCUUCGACGGCAGGCGUACCCGGGCUGGCAGCCAAACCUGCAGUCCAACGUUCUCAAGGUUGCGCGGGAUGAACUGCGAGUCCUGCUAAACGGCGAAGAACCCGGCAUUGAAGCCCUGCACGCAGGCCUGGAAUGCGGCGUGAUUGGCGACAAGGCCCCUGGGAUGGACAUUGUGAGCUUCGGACCGACUAUCGACGGCGCCCACUCUCCGGACGAGCGGGUGAACAUUGCUUCGGUCGGCAAGUUCUGGCAGCUGGUUUUGGCCACCUUGGAAGGCCUAGCCGCCAAGCAGCAGUAGGGCAGAGCCGAGCCUCUCGGCCGUAGGCGGCAAUGAGGCACGCUGUCGACAGCGUUUUUUCUGUGGCAUGGCAUGCUCACGCCGAGGAGGCUGCUCAAGGAACCCCGAACGCGUUUUUUUUUUUUUUUUGCGUAGCCCGGGACGUGUGGAUCGGUGCUGCUUCUAGCGUGACGGUGUUGUUGUCAAGCCAUCGGGCUUUGGUCUUCGCGGCUGUAGAGGUGAACCUGUGAUCAUCAUUAAGAUUGCUGGCUCAUUCCCUUUGCUGAAGCGCCCUCGGUUGGGUAUUCCCAAUUUCGGGCGGGGCUUUGAUGGCAAGGGCAUAAGGUAGUAUAAGGGUGUUCCCCAUUAUCGAUCGGCUCGCUUUAUCAAUUGCAAAAAGCCUGCUUUGGUUUUGUUCGAUUGUUGCUUUUUCGCCGAAUCCUGUGAUGAUGGUGGGUGAACCCUGCGCGGCCUAGCCGGAAAAAUCGAGCGAGCGGUCGGCUCUUUGAACAUGCAACGGAGUUCGAGAAAGCCUCUCAUGGAAAACCGCAUGCAUGCAUGCGCGCAAGGGUUUGGUUUUGGUUUUGCAGACAGACGUGAGUGACUUCACGACGAGGCUCCUUCUCAAGACUGAGCGUCACUUCUGCCUUUUUUUGUGUAGCAUUGUUCUUUUAGACCUUUUUCGCUGUGUGUUCUCUAUCUGAUAAAGCAACGGUGGUUGCGGUUUGCUUGCGAAUGAAUGGCCAAGCGUGCACCCGACGUUCGUCAGAGUUUGGACGGUUGUUAAAUCGUGGUGGGAUCGGCAUUGUUCUCGUCGCAGCUACCGUAGUAUUUUGGGCGCCAGUCUACGCCCGCUUUGCUCGUUAAUGUUGGCAUCUGAU